CGACAACUCUUACAACUCUACUAUUCGCCUUUAUCUUCUUUUCAUCUGUAUUCGGUUCCGGUAUUUGCUCUGACGAACAAUUUGUCAAAUAUCGAUCAAUACGUGAAAGAACUUGGACGGAAGACUUCGCAAACGGAUGGCAUGGCGAUGUCGUCUACUGGUGUACUUUACUUUGGUCUACUAGCUUUAUCGUUACUAGCUGACGAUGCUAUCGCUAUGUGGGAUACCAAGAAUACACCAUCUUUUACUGUCGAUCAACGAAUUAUAUCGCGCGAUGAUGUAUUGACGCAGUGGCCCGACAGUUUCACAUUUGACGAAGACGGCAAUUUUUGGUGCGUCACCAAUAUGCUGCAAAACUUCUUAAAUAAUCGCGUUGAUAUCAACAUGCCCAACUAUCGUCUUAUUCGAUUACACGUAGGCGUUAAAAAUUAUCAAUAUUAUGAGAAUGGCACGGCACCCGAGUUACCAGAUUUCACCGCCGGUGCUGAUUCCGUCACAUUUGUACAUGUCACGCUAUUGCCUACCAUUUUGGUAUUUAUUACCAAGUAA